CAGUAUAAUAUACCCUGCUAUUCAUAACAAAUCGUGUUCACAAUUUUAGUACAAAUUGAUAAAUCAUGGUUUCACGGAAAAAGAAUUUCGAUCUCCAGUUCACUUGACGGCGGUCACGUGAGAAUAAACAUGGCUGACAACUUCCAGCUCCUAGCACUGCUGGGGACGGGGACUUUUGGGGAAGCCUGGGUGGCCAAGUCCAGGAAACACGACGAGAAGUGUGUGGUGAAAGUGAUCAACAUCCUCCGUCUGUCGGAGCGGGAGCUGGACCAGGCCCUCACCGAGGUGUCGGUGCUGGGGAGGAUGCACCAUGUCAACAUAGUCCGAUACCUGGACGCUUACGUACACAAUGGGGCCCUCAACAUCGCCAUGGAGUAUGCGGACGGCGGAGAUCUUCAUAAGAAAAUAUGUGACCAAAAAGGAGUACCUUUUACAAGAGAAGUUAUCAUGGACUGGUUUGUACAGAUCUGCAUGGCCCUCCAAUAUGUCCACAAACAGAACAUUCUACACAGAGAUCUGAAGUCUCAGAACAUAUUCCUGACAUCCAAGUCCAUGAUAAAAGUGGGAGAUUUUGGAAUAGCUCGCAUCCUAAAGGACAGCACAGAUCUAGCUGUGACGACCAUAGGCACACCUUUCUAUCUAAGUCCAGAAAUUUGCCAGAAGAAACCCUAUAACCAUAAGAGUGAUAUGUGGGCGCUGGGCUGUGUCCUGUAUGAGAUGUGUUGUCUGAAGGUGCCGUUUGAUGCAGAGAGUCUCCAGGACCUCAUCCUCAGAAUCCUUCAUGAAAACUAUGACUCCAUUCCAAGGUCUUAUGGAUCAACUUUGAGUCUUUUGAUUAAAAAACUCCUGGAUAAGAAUCCGGAGAGUCGUCCCUCCGCCGACUCUGUACUGAGUAUGGCGGCGGUCAAGCAGUACAGUCGGAGGUUCGAACCCAAGCUGCAGCUGAAGGAGAGGAGAUACAGUUUGCCAAACAUCCCAGCUAAGUCGAGCAUGGAUGAGAAAGAACAGAAAAGACCCCGAGUCGUCUCCACGGAUAAAGAAAAUCUGGAUCCAAAAAUGGCAGGGAAGACUUACCUGGUGAGGAAUCCAAAGUUUAAGCAGCUGUCACGGACCCCCAACAUGUCUGUCAUCGUGGCCAAGCAGAGGAAGGAGCGACCCUCGGAGGAUGAGAUUCCAAGGUCCAAGCUGUUUUCUGGACUUCAGAGAAAAUCAUCCCUCAAGAGCGAUGGUGAAAACAAACCAACAAUACAGAGGAAGAUCUCGGUAGAUAAUGGUAGCAAUGACAAAGAAAAUGUCCAAAGUAAAGACGAAGUAACAAGACAGCGACAAGAAAGGAGAAGUUCGAGGGAUCAGCAGAGAAGACUCACGGAGUUGUCAGACAAAGUUAGUAAACCUCCGUCAGGGAGACGUAGUAGUCUCGAUUCCAAACCCCUUCAACUCCGGCGGGAGAGCAGCAUCAGUAAAGGAAGACUGUCCAUAGAGUCUGUAAGGAACGGAGAGCUGAUCAGAAAGCCAGUGAGGAAUGGUGAGUACAGUGUGAGGAGAGGUGUGAAGGACGGAAUCAGUGGGCCAAACUCCAGUGAUGAUUUAAGAAGUAGGUCAAGGCCAUCCACAGCUGAUCAGGGAACCCCAGGAAAGAGACCCGCUCCCAUAGGAUCUGAGUGUUUGGGUGAGCUUAAAAAUCCUCCAUCAAGAGCUCUCCCAGGUCGGAGUGGUGGUGAAGAUCUCAACCAAUCGGAUGCUGACAAUGAAGUGUUUCUUGACCAGAAUAUCAGUGAUGAGAACCAGUCUUGUAAAAAGUCACCCCCUCCAAAAAUACCAAGCUCCGAGAGAAUAAGAAGGUCCAGCUCCUAUGACCGGGUGUUUGUGAGCAAACAGGGAGCUCCUAAUGAUGGAAACAUACCCAGAGUGAUGUCAGCUGGAAGCAUUGGCUCCACCAGGCUUGCAAAAGAUGAAGUCACCUACAAGAUAUCCUCCUCUCUUAUGCCUGGAGAUCAGUCCAAAGAUGCAGUGCAAGAGGAAAUGCUUGUAAACAUGGACUCAUUUAAUACAAUUUACAAUGCAAUGUGUCAAUUUGUCAAGGACCAAGGUCAAGGUCAGAAACUGUUGUAUGUAACCAUGGUGAAGGCCAUUGGACAGCGAGAAGCAGAUAGAUACAUCAGCAAAGUAACUCAAGGCCUGCAGGACUGUGCUCUCUACCAGGAUGUGAAGCAGAUUGUUCCAGAAUACAGGCGCAAACUGCUCCCUCUGGUGUUUUGUUACAUUCUUAUGACAAAGUUCUGUAAAUGAUCUGUGGUGGUUCUAUUUAGUCAGCGUGCAAAUAAAAUCAAAAGUUUAACUA